GUAUCAAACAGAAAAUGAACUAAAAGGACUUCCAUUGGAUCUCAUCAACUCGCCGUAGCCUGGGUUUGCUUUAGAAAUAUGUUAAAAACCCCUAGCUAGAGACUUCUAUUUUUUUUUUUUUUCAUUCAGGAAGCUCCAUAAAAAAUGACCAGGAUGGAUUAAGUCAUCCCGACUGGAGAAUCUGGACGAACGGAUGUGGAUUAAGCAUCUUCUUAUUUAAUCUAAACCCAUGUGGUUUUUUUUUCUACGUCAAAUAAUUUAUUUUGCUUUUUUGACGUAAUGUAAUUUAUUUUUUUGUGUUUUAAAGAAUUGUUUAAAAAAAUGGCAAUAGGCUUGUUUUGAAGAAAAUCCUAUUUCGUCCCCUAAUGAUGAUCCGUUAGGUGUACUGAAGGCAGCAGGAAUGUACGCGACGGAGUGCCAGGCGGAAGUAACGCCCUCACACAGCAAUGGCAACCGGCAGUUUCAGUAUAGCCUGGACGACCACACCAACCAGGCUUUCCAGAUUAUGAACGAGCUCCGGCUAGGGCAGCAGCUGUGCGAUGUGAAGCUGAAGGUAAAGUACAAUGAAAUCCAGGACGAGUUUGUUGCCCACAAGAUUGUGUUGGCCUCCAGCAGUCCAGUAUUCCGCGCCAUGUUUACUAAUGGCCUCAAGGAAUGCGGCAUGGAGACCGUUACCAUUGAGGGAGUUCACCCUAAAGUCAUGCAGCGGCUUUUGGAGUUUGCCUACACGGCCAGCAUUUCCGUGGGAGAGAAGUGCGUCAUCCACGUGAUGAAUGGCGCCGUCAUGUACCAGAUGGACAGCGUUGUCAAGGCCUGCUGCGACUUUCUCAUCCAACAGCUCGACCCGAGUAAUGCCAUCGGCAUCGCCAGUUUUGCGGAGCAGAUCGGAUGCCACGAGCUGCAUCAGAAGGCGCGGGAAUAUAUAUACAUGCACUUUGGGGAGGUUUCCAAGCAGGAGGAGUUCUUUAACCUGACCAGUUGCCAGCUGGUGAACCUCAUAAGCCGGGAUGAGCUGAACGUUCGGUGUGAGUCGGAGGUUUUUCACGCCUGCAUAAACUGGGUCAAGUAUGACUGCGAGAACAGGCGGCCGGUUAUCCAGGCACUGCUGCGGGCAGUGCGGUGCCAUUCCCUGACCCCCAACUUCUUACAGCUUCAGAUCCAGCGCUGUGAGAUCCUCAAAGGGGACUCCCGCUGUCAGGACUACCUGUCUCAGAUCUUCCAGGACCUCACUCUCCAUAAACCCACCCUGCCCCUCCAAGACCGCAUCCCCAACAUCCCUCAGUUCAUCUACGUGGCAGGAGGAUAUUUUCGGCAGUCCCUCAGUUUUCUUGAGGCUUACAACCCAGUCGACGGGGAAUGGCUGAGCCUGGCUUCUCUGGAGAUGCCGAGGAGUGGGCUUGCGGGUUGUGUUGUAGGGGGCCUCUUCUACGCGGUGGGAGGUCGAAAUAAUGCUCCUGACUGCAAUAAAGACUCUGAUGCCCUGGACUGCUACAAUCCCAUGAACAACCAGUGGUCGCCAUGUGCUGCCUUAAGUGUGCCCAGGAAUAGGGUGGGGGCUGGCGUCAUAGACGGGCAGAUUUAUGCAGUGGGAGGAUCUCACGGAUGUCUCCAUCACAACAGUGUGGAAAGGUAUGACCCAGAGAGAGAUGAGUGGCAGCUGGUUGCUUCAAUGAAAACUCAGCGUAUUGGAGUGGGAGUGGCCGUACUGAACAGGCUGAUGUAUGCAGUUGGUGGGUUUGAUGGAACAAACAGGUUGAACUCAGCAGAGUGUUACUAUCCAGAGACCGACGAAUGGAAGGACAUCGCCUCUAUGAACAUUGUGCGCAGUGGAGCAGGGGCGUGUGCGAUGGAUACCAGUGUGUUCGCUAUGGGUGGGUAUAAUGGAACAGACCAGCUGAACAGCGUUGAACGAUACGACGUGGAGAAAGAUGUCUGGAGUUUUGUGGCACCCAUGAGACACCGUAGAAGUGCGCUGGGGGUGACCGUACAUCAGGGAAAGAUCUACGUACUUGGGGGCUACGACGGAAGCACGUUCAUUGAUAGUGUGGAGUGCUACGACCCACCCACAGACACGUGGACUGAGGUGACACGUAUGAUGUCUGGACGCAGCGGGGUGGGCGUGGCUAUCACCAUGGAACCCUGCCGCAAACAGCCGUGUGGGGGGGGCCUUUUCCCAGAGAGGAUAAAAGAUGGAAACCACGACAAGAAAAAAUGUUGCUUCUCCUCACACACCAAAAAAUAAUGAAGUUCAGGAAUAAGAAAGGAAAAAUGAAAAGAAAUGUUGCUUUACGGAUCUAUGGAAAUUCAGUGUUAAUGAUAUGGACAAAAGGAAGACCAAGUGCAAUGGAGCCAACUUACUUUUAAGGGCAAUUUGUGUGGACCGCGUAUAAUUUAGCAAGUAUAUUCCCCUUUUCACAGGGACAACACUGAGCCUUUAGUUGUUGAGAUUGCUGUAAUGGAAUAAACAAUAUGGCUACCCUCUGGCCUCUCUCACCCACGACCUCAUGGAGAAGCCUGCGGAACAGAUUGUACAGUUCUAUUGCAAUAAUAACCAAUUUGGGUGGUAAAUAUGUAUAUAUAUAAAUUAUUCUUUGUUUCUCCUGACUAUAUGCUUUGCAGAUCCCUCCCUCUAUGCUGAUUUCGGAGUAAGAUUGUCUAAUCUACGCAUUCUUAAUCAUUAAAGAUCGGACAGAUUUAUUUUU